AUGGUGCAGUCUACGACGCUCGCAACUGGCGUCCAAAGACCUCUCAACAUAUUAAUCGUUGGUGCAGGCGUUUGCGGACCAGCUAUAGCUUUCCUCCUUCAAAAAGCGAACUACAGGCACAACAUCACAAUCGUAGAACGUGGAUGCGCACUACGUUCCGCUGGACAGCAAAUCGACCUUAAAAAUGAGGCGCCUUUCAUUCUCGAAAAGAUGGGUCUGCUGGAUAAAGUCAAGGCCUGCUGUGUUAACGAAACGGGGCUUGAGGUUGUGGACGCCAACGAUGGUCAAAUGGCUUUCUUUGGGGUCAGCCCCUCCGACGAGCGCCGACUCACUUUGACGAGCGAGUUUGAAUUGAUGCGUGGAGAUUUGGUCAGAAUUUUGUACGAUGCAAGCAUCCAGCAGGAUGCAAAGCUGAAGUGCCUCGAGGGUUACAGACACGGCUUGCAGUACAAGUUCGAGGAAACUGUCGAGAAACUAAACCAAACUCCUCAGGGUCCCGUCGACGUCACGUUUUCAUCCAGCAAACACAGUGGCCGUUACGAUCUAGUAAUUGGCGCAGACGGCCAGGCCUCGCGCACCAGGCGGAUGAUGUUCGGGGAAGAAGCCAGUGCUGCCUCUUUUCAUCCUAUGGGUCUACAUGGUGCGUACUUCAGCAUCCCAAGAAUCAAAGAAGAAGGCAGCCUUGCCAAAGUGUUUUUCAGCACGGGGAAGAAAAUGAUGGUUACCAGACCCAGUGAUCGCCCAACCACCGGAGUUCUUUUCUUUUUUGAGGGGUGACGGUGCCCAGCUGGACGAGUGUUAUUAUCAAUCCAUUGCUGCUCAAAAAGCCGCCUUUGCUGCGACUCUUGACGGCUUUGAAUGGCAGCAGGAUCGAUUUCAGAAAGGCAUUGUGAGUACGGACGACUUCCAUGCUACUAAAUUGGGCCAGAUCAAGCUCAAAACGCUUUUCAAAGACCGAACUGUUCUUGUUGGGGACUCGGGAUAUGGCCCGAGUCCUUUCACUGGGUUGGGUACAACCCUGGGUCUCCUUGGGGCGUACACGCUGACGGGCGAGCUGGCCCAACAUGGUGACGACAUCGGUAAAGCUUUGAGAAAUUACGAGGACAAGAUGACGCCCUUCAUUCAGGAGUAUCAGCAGUUGCCUAAGGCAGUUCUAUCUUUGAUGUUCGUGUCUUCGAGGCCGGCCGUGUGGCUCCUAAACCAAGUCGCUUGGGCGCUGUCAAAAGUCAGCACGAUGAUGCCACAGCGACCUAAUAAGAUUGAUUACAGAGGCCGACUUCCAAAGUAUCCCGAGCUUCACCUCGUGGAUGGCACCCAUAAGUAG